CACAUCUUUUAACAUGGUACAUCUACGAACAGACAUUGGUGCAACCAACCCCAACGCACCAAUGCAUCCUAAAGAGAACAGCACAUAUGCCAAAGAACUCACCUGCGAUGUCCUCAUCGUUGGUGCCGGUUUUGGUGGUGUCUACCUUCUACACAAGCUCCGUGACGAAGUCGGCCUGAAUGUCAAGAUCUUCGAAGCCGCAAACGAGCUUGGUGGUGUUUGGCGAUGGAACUGCUACCCUGGAGCCCGCGUCGAUACACAAGUCCCCAUCUACGAAUACUCGAUCGAGAAGGUCUGGAAGGACUGGACAUGGACCCAGAAGUACCCUGACUUCAACGAGCUCCGUGACUACUUCGUCCAUGUUGAGGAACAGCUUGACAUCAAGAAGGACGUCAGCUUCAACACUCGUGUUAUUGGCUCGCAAUUCGACAACGAGUCCAAGACUUGGGAAGUCAAGACCGAGGAUGGCCGUACUGCCCACUGCAAAUACCUGAUCAACGCUAUUGGUUUCGCCGCCAAGCGUCACUUCCCCGACUGGAAGGGACUCACCGACUACAAGGGAGAGCUACACCACAGUUCGUUCUGGCCUGACGAGGGUGUCAAUGUCAAGGGCAAGCGUGUUGCCGUCAUCGGUACUGGCAGUACCGGUAUCCAGAUCGCACAAGAAACAGCCAAGGAUGCCGCCAGCGUUACCGUCUUCCAGCGAACUCCCAACCUCUGUCUUCCUAUGCGUCAGCGUGAUCUGACAAGGGAAGAGCAGCAGAACGCCAAGUCAGAAUAUCCCGACAUUUACCGUAACCGCCUGACCACUUUUGCCGGAUUUUCGUACGAUUUCGUCGAAAAGAACACCUUCGACGACAACGAGGAGGAGCGCGAGAAGUUCUACGAAGAACUGUGGGCGGAGGGCGGCUUCAAGUUCUGGUUGGCCAAUUACAAAGAUCUUUUGUUCGACAGCAAGGCCAACGACCAAGCCUACAACUUCUGGGUCAAGAAGACUAGAGCUCGUAUUGCCGAUCCUCGCAAGCGGGACAUCCUCGCACCACUCAAGGCUCCUCACGCAUGGGGUACCAAGCGUCCUUCUCUCGAGCAAAACUUCUAUGAGUUGAUGGACAGAGCUGAGAAUGAUGUGGUCAAUGUCAAGGAAACCCCCAUCACCGAGUUCACCGAGACUGGUAUCGUUACCAGCGACGGCAAGCUCAGAGAGUUCGACAUCAUUGCCCUCGCGACUGGCUUUGAUUCCGUCACUGGCGGUAUGAAGAACAUGGGGUUGAAGGAUACCGAGGGAAAGGAUUUGGCAGAGAGGUGGAAGAACGGUACCUGGACAUACCUUGGCAUGACUUGCAAUGGCUUCCCCAACAUGUUCUUCCUGUACGGCGCUCAAGGUCCCACGGCAUUUAGUAAUGGCCCGACCUGUGUCGAAGUUCAGGGUGACUGGAUCGUCGAUGCCAUUGCAACUAUGCAGAAGACCGGCAAGCAGACCAUCGAGGCCACCAAGGAUGCAGAGACCAGCUGGCAUGCGCUCGUCACAGAACUCUCAGACAAGACUCUGUUCCCUGGUACCGACUCCUGGUACAUGGGUGCCAACAUUCCCGGAAAGCCCAGAGAGCAGCUCAACUUCCCUGGUGGCUUCCCCAGGUAUGAGAAGGAGUGCAGGGGCGCCCUCGACGGCUGGAAGGGCUUCGUUGUUGCUUAAGGAUCUGCG